UCUCCAUAUUUUCAGUUUCUCAGUGUCUUCUUCGUUAGAUCGAUCUCAUAGACUUACCGGUGACUCCAUCUCGCUCCACCGUCCACGGCAUCUCCGGCCACCACCUUUUGCUCCCCUAGACACUUUCUCUCUUCUACUUCAGCAGAAAUAUGCCUUCGCAGAAGGUUGAAACGGGUCACCAAGAUACAGUCCAUGAUGUUGCAAUGGAUUACUAUGGUAAGAGGCUGGCCACAGCCUCAUCAGAUCACACAAUUAAGAUAAUUGGGGUGAGCAACACAGCUUCUCAGCAUCUAGCAACACUGAACGGUCACCAAGGGCCUGUUUGGCAGGUGGCAUGGGCUCACCCCAAGUUUGGUUCUCUACUUGCUUCAUGUUCCUAUGAUGGGCGUGUCAUUAUUUGGAAGGAGGGUAACCAAAAUGAAUGGACUCAAGCUCAUGUCUUUGAUGACCACAAGUCAUCUGUGAAUUCAGUUGCUUGGGCACCUCACGAGUUGGGUCUAUGCUUGGCUUGUGGCUCUUCUGAUGGGAAUAUAUCCGUUUUCACUGCAAGGGCAGAUGGUGGCUGGGACACCUCGAGGAUUGAUCAAGCUCACCCAGUUGGUGUCACUUCUGUGUCAUGGGCACCCUCAAUGGCACCUGGUGCCCUUGUUGGUGCAGGGUUGCUUGAUCCUGUACAGAAGCUGUGUUCGGGUGGUUGUGAUAAUACUGUGAAGGUAUGGAAGCUGAACAAUGGACUCUGGAAGAUGGACUGCUUCCCGGCUCUUCAUAUGCAUACAGAUUGGGUUCGAGAUGUUGCUUGGGCCCCCAAUUUGGGUCUUCCUAAAUCUACAAUUGCAAGCGCAUCACAGGAUGGUAAAGUGAUUAUAUGGACUGUGGCAAAAGAGGGGGAUCAGUGGGAAGGCAAGAUUUUGAAUGAUUUCAAGACCCCUGUUUGGAGGGUGUCAUGGUCAUUGACAGGAAACAUACUGGCUGUGGCUGAUGGGAACAACAAUGUGACAUUAUGGAAGGAAGCAGUAGAUGGGGAAUGGCAACAGGUGACAACAGUGGAGCCUUAGAAUGUGAUUUUUCAGGUCUUGCUUAUUAAUUUGAAAAUGGUUAGAGUUUUCAUUUUUAAAUAUAACAUCUUGUUUCUUUGCAUGUUAUACAGUUGAUUAAUUGUGCUUCAUAAUACAUUAGUUCCUUGAUGUUUGUUAUCCAUUGAGUAUUCUGUGCUUGGAAGAAUGAAGUUGGUUAGUUUCAGUUGUUUUACUUUAUAAGAUUAGAAGAAUGUUUUACAAGUAUAUAGUGUGACAAUCUCUUCUAUUCUGGGAGUUGCAUAAAUUAAUGGCUGUUGGAUAUAACUUUAGAUGCUCGUGAUUAACCACCAUUAGUGGCAGUGCAUGUCUAGGUAGGGGUCAAUGAUCUCUCUUAUUUUACAAUUUACAGGGUUUAUAGUAUACUUCAUAAAUCAUUAUGCUUUAUGCUCUUAAAAUCUGUCUGUGCUUCCAGAAGUGCGUUUGAUGUAUGGUAAGAUAAUGAUUUACUUAUAAUAUAGACAAAAUCAGAGCGGUAUAAUGAGUUUGCUCUCAUAUUUCUAUCAAGUUAGCCGAACAAAUAUAUGCCUGUUGCUAUAGGAUUUAUAUGAUUGUUAAGGCAAGAUUUUGGUUUUCUCUAUGCAUUAGAAGAAAGCAUCCCGUUUUUGUUUAUUCACAGGACAAAUUUCUAAUGUUCUUUAUAUGCCGCUGCAUGCACAUAACCGCUCUUUCUUACGUUGAGGUUUAAGAUCUCUUUAAAAUUCGAGGUGAAAAUUUAAGAUACGGCUUUUAAUGUAAAGUUUCAUAUAAAAUAUGCCCUAAAUUUUUUUAUAUAGAAACACUGUAAGUAAACGAAUGCCCAAG